CCAGGUUGCUUGGCCCCUCAGACAUUCACGAGAGCUUCCCUAUUUUCAUUGGUGAAAUGUUGGUGGGUAUGUAGGUCUCCUUUGAGGCCUAGUUUGGGCCUGUGCUUGAGUCAUGGCUGCCAUUAUGUAGGAAGACAUCCCUCUUCUGGCCUACAUACACCACACCAGCUGGAAUCCGAGUAAGUCCAGAAGCCCAGCAGUCCAGAACUGGCCUCUUUAGCCAUUAGAAUGUCUGACAGCAGGAAGGGAACUGUGCUCAAAAAGUGUCAGGAGUGCCAGGUGGACAUGAAUGGAGACAUGUUAGAUGCUCAGGGGCUGUGUCCUCACUGCAAAGCCCAGCCAAAAAAGGAGCAGCAAAAGAGUCAGGAUGGAAAGAGGGGUGCUGUCACAUACAAUGCAAAUGAGACAAUGGAUAGUGAGCCUAACUACUCUGACUUCAUCACUUGCCCCCGGAGUGGCCGGAGAAACGCAGUCCCCGACCUCCAGGGAGACGCAACCAGAAUUCACAUGGAGAAACUCUCAGGCACCAUGGAUGAGAUUACUAUUGAAGAGGAAGAAAACCAAGCAGGGUCUUGUACUACAGAGAAGGUACCCAAGAGCCAAGGUGGCAGCUCCACCUUGUGAGAUCUCUGUGAUUUAGCCUGCAGAAGGCUGGAUGGCAACCACCACGACUCUUCUAUCUGACAAGGAGUCCUCACUUAAAGGUCUCUGCUGUGGCCAUCAGAAUCUCUCGGACACUGGUACCUCGAAAGACCUCUUUUCUAUAACAGUACAAAGCACGAUAUGUUUUAGUGACUUGAGUCACUUGGAGCCUUAGUAACUGUUUUCCUAUACUGGAAAGCUCAGUCUCAAUAAUAAUAAUAUACACUUCAGAGUUUACUAUACAAGGUACAUUUUGCUCAUGUGGUAAAUCUAUUGCUUAUUUCCAAGUCCCUGUAGGUUAUUAGGAGUCUUAUCCUUGCUUCAUGCCCAUGCACAUACUAUCUUUUGGACUAUGAACAUGGAGGUCAGGAGGACCCACCAGGCGCUGCUCCAGUGCAAGCCCCAUGGAAAUCAAUGGCAGUUGUGUGAGAGUAACCAUGGUCUUCUGCAACUCCAAUUCACUUCAGUGGGGAGUGUACAGGAGAUGCUCCCAAUCAAUGGAUGUGGACUACUUCUUUGUUCCACCAACUCAAUGCUUCUGCUUUUUCAUGCUCACAGGCCCACACUAGCACUGCACCAAUUUGUUUAGCACUGCAGGGGCAUGUAAAAUUUGGUUUGAAGGUGUUUUAGAAAAAAGGUAGGCAGACACUUCUGUAGGCUAGCUCAUUAGUUACUUUUGCAUUCUGUGUGAACGUUCAUAUCUCUGGUUGAAAUUUGUAUGCAAUGCGUAAAUUUCUGUUAAGGAAGUCUCAGCAACUCUUUUUUUUUUUUGGCCGUGCUUUGGCUCUUUCCCUCCCUCUUUAUCCCUAAGCCUGCAAAAUGCUCAGCUGGUCCCAUGUCCUGCCCAUGAGUAAUAAUAUGCCAGCCAACAAUAGCUUUGGAAGGAGCAUUUGGACUGCUGUACUCUGCCAAUGCAACAUUCACUCAUCUAGUGUUGCAAGAAAAUGCGUUGGUGCAACUAUUUAGGACCAGAGUCCCUGUCACAGCUAUUCAUGGAACACAGCCGUUCUCAAACCAGCCUGUGGCUGGUAUUAACACACAUUAUGCAUCUGUGCACCUACCUGGAGGAAACUGAGGGGGGAAAUUGCAGUUGAGUUGCCCCACUUACAACAUAAUUGAAUGGAAGCUCCACCACCCCAGGGCAAAUAUUCAUGUGGUGGUGGUGGGGCUGAUCUGUAUCAGGCCUGAGGCAGGUAGGGUUAAAGCCCCUCUUUCCUGAUGCUGUCAUGACCUGGACUGCCCCCCACCCAUGUGCUACCUACAGGCGGGUGUGGUGGGGAGCAAGUACACUUGGAACAAUGACAUGGAUUAAGAUAUCUAGCAAAGGCCCCAAAUGCAUUUGUAAGGCAAAUUAUGCGGUGGUGGGUUAGAGGAAGAGCAGACACCAGCUCCUGCGUCUGUUUGGCAAAGCUCAUAGGGAAUGAUCGCCCAACACGCUCUACCUCCAGCAUCCAAACCCUGGUCUUUCCCAAGAAAUCAGCAGCCCCUCUGCCCAGUUCUUCCCAGUAAGAUGAGAGUUACACCCACCCUUCCCAGAAAGCCACUAGACAUUCAGUAAGGUUUCACUCUCAGCUGGCAUCCUUUAAGCCUUCUCUUUGUUUCUUAUUAAUAUCUACCCUUUUCCCUUGCCCUUGAAUUGGGUGAGGGGGUGAGGGCUGAUUUCAGUGAUGGAAGAGCUUUUGGUAACCAAGAGCAGUUCUCUAAAAGAAUUCUUGUUUUAGUCUCCUGCAUAUGCCCCUCUGAAAGCAAGACAGACAGCAGGAUAUUCACCAGUAACUAAUAUCACAGGAGAUAGGCUAAAUUUAGUUCUUUUAACCUGUUAAGAAUGCUUGGGUUAAGUAUUAUUUUUAGCCAAAUCCCUUGUGAACUGGCAGGAAGCCACACUUAGGUCAGCAUCAGGUUUCACUAGUGAGCUAACAUGGCAAGAGCAGGCUCAGCCAUAUAAUAUUUUAGUGAAGGAACUGCAGGCAUUUAGGUUAGCAUCCUGUAGUAAGGUUCAGGUCCUUGCUCCAUCCCAAAUGCAAAAAGGUGGUCGAUCCAGGUAGUGAGGGAAAUGUGUCAGUUUCAGACACUCUGGGUCAAACAAAAUUUCUGCCCCGCUUUGUUCUCCUUUACAUGGAAAUCAGAUUUGAGAAGUUGUGACCAGGAGUGUGACCCAGUCCCUUUCUAUUUGCUCAGAAUCCUCCCCCACCCCAGACUCCGCUGCUUUGCUCCCCUUAGGUGAUAAUCUAUGAAGUAGCAGGACAACAGGAGGGUCAUGCAUUCUCUCUCCACAGCCACUCCCCACCCAAUUUCUCUUCUCAAACUUGCAUCCACCCAAUGUACUACUCAAAACCCAAGUCUCUUCAUUUUUUAAAAAAGCCAACUACUGGCUAAAAAAGCAGCAUGCAAUUGUAUGUCACAUCAUUUGGCCACAAGGCAUAUGAAGAAAAGGAAGCAGGUUCCCAUUUCCUCUCCUUAAUGCAUAAUCCUCAUAGGCACUCAAAGAGUAACCUAGAGCCCCCCUGCUUUAAGGUCUGGACUGAAAUGACCCCCAUUUUCCUGCCUCAUUCACAGGCGGUGAAGUGGAGAUAGGCAGGCAUGUUUUGUUUUUUUACUAUAGUGGUCUUCCUCACAGCAGCGAUCAUUCCACCCCACUCCCAACUCCCCUCAGAGCGACACAUCAUGAUUUAGCCCCUACAAACCCUAUAGCCUUUUGCAGCCCAGGUGCUGGAUGGUUUCGUCUGGUUUGCCAAGUGAACAGCCCUUGGGGUUAUAGCUAUGACCCCCUCACUGAAAUCCAGUUUUUGCUAUUUUUUAGACACUGAACUACAGGUUCAGAUUUUUGGCUUGGCAGUUUUCCUGUCAUGCUUAAGACAAAAAUGAACACAUGUGUAAUAAAACAGAAUUUAUUUCAUUAAACCAGAAGAUACAUUCUGCUUUGUUCUUCAGGAUGUGAACAAUUUCUUCAACAAGAAACCUUGGAGUUUACAAAAUAAGUAGACUACAGUACUAGAAUGAUUUUCAAGCAGAAUAACUUUUCCAUGGCAUUAUAAAAAUAAAAUACUUCCUUUAUAUAUAUUCCUAGACAGACACUUGUUUAACACACCACCACGUUUCCCUAUCACUAAUGUAAGCCAUCAGUCAUGGCUCGCUUUCCAAGAUGAGUGCUAUUCGAAACUCGGUCUUUCCCCCACAUGGAACAUAGUGAUAUUAAAGCCAUUUAUCAGAGGCAGAUUUUUGGUGUUUGAAGCUUUGUAAUAUUAGCUCUUACAGCCAUCCGAGACAUGGCAGCACCAUGUAUUAUUUCCUCAACUUAGUUUAUUAACUUUACAGAGUAAUAACAUAACCCAAAUGGCAAUCAUCUGUAUGCACAAAAUGUAAUGAAACAGAAAUUUUACUCCAAAACUGGUCUCAGCCAUUUCUGGGCAUCGCUGACCCACUGGGACUACAGUCCUUUCUUCUGCUGGAUGGAUUUCAGUUGCUGAAGUCUGGCUGUGAAAUCUUAAUUGCAACAUGACCAAUAGCAGCUGCUACAAAUAUGGACAGCAACAACACUUUUGGUUUUGUCACAAUGAAAGCAAGGCUGAUUUCAGACUUCCUCUGCAGAGAACCUUUUAUUCAUGGAGAACCUGUAUGUAAACCAGAUCCUUGGUGUGGAUUCUUCUCAUUAAAUAAAGCACAAAGAUCUGUUCAACUGGCUAA